UAAUGGUACAAAUAGGAUAAAAAUAGUGUAGAAGAAUUGUAUGAAAACGUAUGCAAAAUAUACAUAAAUGUGUAUAUGAGGAUAAGUAAGAAACAAUGCCUGAAUACUGACCUCAAUGAAACGUAUGAUUUGGAAUAUUUUCCCAGGAAUUACGUUUUUAUUUGUAUAGGAGUCAAAUGUUACGUUAGUGGCUGUGACCUACUCUGAUAAUACCAGCUUCUUGCUUGGUUUGUUGAUGUACGAUAAGGUGAUUGAAUUCCCAGGGUCAAAUUUCUUUUAAGUUAGUAUAAUAGCUGUAAUAUUAGUGAGUGUUUCGUGUAUCAAACAUAUUUCUGUUAAAACCAGCCUGAUGGUUUUAACUAUAGACGCGCGGUCUCGGAUCGCAGUUUGAAAGUUUCGUGAGUAGCUUAUAGGUAUCCUAAAAGUUGGGGCUUUCCUGGUCAUGAACAACUAGAUUGUAGAAAUACCAAGGAGAAGCUUAUUUCAACGUAGCAUCAUGAUUUCCACAAUGCAUAUGUCCAUUCGAGUAUUAGUAGUAAGCGAUUCAAGAUCUUCUGGAGAAGCGCAAGAUGUGGCAGGAGAAAAAUUGAUUGAGGCUCUUCAUAAAAUGUUCCCCCACGCUGUUUUAGCCAGGUCUACAGUUCCAGAUGAAAAAGCCCAAAUAAAAACCUAUUUGAAAAAAUAUGCUGAGCAGAACAUGGAUCUCGUACUAACUACAGGAGGUACAGGAUUUACUCCAAGAGACGUCACCCCAGAAGCUACUAGGGAAGUAAUUGAUAAGGAGGCACCUGGAUUAGCAUAUACAAUGUUGACCAGAAGCUUAGCUAAGACCGAAAUGGCUAUGCUUUCGCGUGCUGUUUGUGGUAUAGCUUCAAAAACCCUGAUAGUUAACUUGCCAGGUAGUCCGAAAGGAGCUGUAGAGUGCUUGGAUUUCAUUAAAGAAGCUAUUCCGCAUGCCAUUAACUGUAUUAAUGAUCGAAAAGAAGACGUAGCUAGGGAGCACAUUGCUAUCCAACAGAGUUCUAGUGUUUCUCAAAAACAAGAUAGUCAAAGCAAGGUCAAAGUUAGCAAAAUCGCGGCUCGAAACCGCAUGUCUCCCUAUCCAAUGGUAUCUGUGAAGGAAGCCUCUCAGACAAUCUUCAAAUACUGCACACCUGUGCACGAUACUGAAGCCGUGCCGUUUGAGCAGGCCAUUAAUCGAAUCCUGGCCGAAAACGUCGUUACGCCAGAACCCGUACCGGCAUUUAGAGCGUCCAUUAAAGAUGGAUAUGCGGUGAAAUCUUCAGAUGGCGCGGGGAGAAGGAAGAUAAAACAAGCAACAGUUGCAGGAGAUAAACCAAUUGUAGAAGAGCUUCAGGAUGGAGAAGCGGUACGGAUUUCAACAGGCGCCCCAGUGCCCCCUGGAGCAGAUGCUGUAGUGCAAGUUGAAGACACGAAACUGCUCGAGGCGAAUGAAGAUGAAACCGAGGAAAUCUCUAUUGAAAUAUUGAAAGCACCAGUAGCAAAUCAAGAUAUCAGAGAUAUUGGCAGCGACUGUGAAAAAGGUUAUAUUGUCCUUAGCCAGUUUAACCGCAUGGGCCCAGCUCAUGUUGGCGUGUUGGCACAACUGGCAAAAAAGGAGGUCAAAGUUUUUAGGAAACCUACAAUUGGAAUUUUAUCUACUGGUAAUGAAUUAAAGGAGCCGUGGGAAAAAAUUGAACCAGGUCAGAUAAGAGACUCGAACAGAUAUACCCUAAAACAUCUUCUCAAUAGAUAUCACUACGACUCAACAGAUUGCGGAAUGGUGAAGGAUGAUCCCAGUGAAAUUAAGCAGGCCCUAGAAAAGGCACUAGAUGAGAACGAGUUUGUAAUUACAACUGGUGGGGCAUCCAUGGGAGAACUUGAUGUUGUCAAACGUGUACUACAGGAAGACUUUGAAGCCAGAAUUCAUUUUGGUCGCAUCAACAUUAAACCAGGGAAGCCUACAUCAUUCGCAACAUUGUCAUAUAAAGGCAAAAUAAAAAAAGUGUUUUGUUUGCCUGGGAAUCCUGCAUCGUGCACUGUCUGUGCUAUUAUUUUCAUCAUCCCUGUAUUACGAUAUAUAGAAAACGAAAAGGUGUUCCAGUUUCCUCUGCUCCGUAUUCCAUUAUCUCAGAGGCUUGUAAACACUGAUUCAAGACCAGACUAUUUACGAGUUAAAGUUACGACUGGAUUGGGAUGUGAGCCUAAAAUAGUGCUCAGGAGGAAUCAGAUUAGUAGCAAUUUGACCAGUUUCUGUAACGCCAAUGGCUUGAUAAUAGUUCCACCGCAACAACAUCAGGAAGAAGAACUGGAAGGAGAAGAACUAGAUCUAACGAGAUUUGUGGUUCCUAAUCCUAGUCAUACUUUUGCACCAACCGCUAGUCAUACUUUUGCACCAACCCCUAGUCACGCAGGUCAACAAACCCCUCCAAACAGACCGAGAGCUCUUCUUGGUCCAACCCCCGUCAUUCAAACAAUCGUUGACGAUCGUCCAAAAUAUACAGUUAUUAUGUUUGAACAAAUCGUUCGACCACCCCCACAAUAAACCCACUACAACAAAUUGCGCUCCGACAUUUGCUAUACAAGGUCCGGCGACAAAUAUGUUGCGCAUCAUGUGCCACACGUCGUCGCAGUUUGCAAGAUGUUGCAUUUGAGCAACUGUUAUCAGGUAAAAAACAUAGGGGAAAGUCGGGUAAUUUGUACCAGCUAACAUAUUUUAUGAAAUUAUCUCACUUACAAUACAGACAUCACAAAUAAGGAACAAAUAAUAAGAGGGGAGAGAGAGAGAGCAGCCGAAAUCACUUUCGGAUAGUGCCAGUUUAUAGCACGAAAUUAUUAAAAAAAGAUCUAUCUGAAUACUUUUACGCAGAUUUUAAUUAUUUCAGCAACAUUAAACACUACUAUUUUAACUUUAUAAUAUAGCUUAAGUUACUGCCUAGAUGAUUGAAGUCUACAUUUGAUUCUAUUUGCCCGACCCUCUAGGGUAAAAUAAAUCACAGGUUAGGCAAAAGGAUUAAAAAGAAGGAAUAUAAUAUGGAAAAUAAAAAAAUAUAUAUUAUUAUUAAUAAAAACUGAAAAAGGUAACAAUAAUUUAUUAUUCUUAAACCAAUUAUUUUCUCUGAUCUUUAACCUGAUUUUGACAAUCUUGAUAUGUAUAAAUUCUUCCAGUCUUGUCACAAAAAUUUCACUGUAUCCAGUAUUCGCCUGGAAUUCAGGUUUCAAAGGAAUCUUCACAUACUAAACAUCGAGUUUAUUCUGCUUCUGGACCGGUUUUCGAUAGGAGAAGGUUGACGAGGUAUUUUCAGUUUGCUGGAUUCUGUAUAUUGUCCGAUCUUCCUUUUAACGCUUUUUAUGCAUUCUUUGCUCUUACUCUUUUCUCGAAUUUCUUCUUUAAUUGGCGUCGAAGUAAAAAUCUCUGAUUUCUGUUAAUUUCUUUUUGUUUUGGGUUCUUUUCGUUCAUCGCAUUUCCUUUUGGAGCGUCACUAGCUUGUUUUAAAGUCGUAUUAUUAUUGAUACCAGAAGGUCCAUGUUUUGCGACAUCAUUAAGGGGCCUAAUUUAAUUAAUUUAUCUGGAGUGUUUUUAUGUCUUUUAUGAAUAGCAUCCAUAUCUUGAGGAUUAUUAUUAAUAUGGUCCUCUGGUUCUCCAAUGUUGUUACAUCUGUUGGAAGGAAGUCCACUUCGGAAAAAACAUCUAAAUCACAUCUUGCGAUGCCAGUUUUUUUAUAGCGUUUGUUGGUGUUGCAGCUUUAAGGUACGCAUUAUUAAAAAUUUUGCCCACAUCAAACAAAGUGACGCGUUGUGCAGGAUGCGCUUUUUGCCACUUGUCAAUUUCAUUCUGGAGAUACGUUCCGUAAGACCCAUAAACGGACACAUCUUACGGCUGGAGCUUAUGUGUCGUAUGGGGUGGACUCGACAGAAUGAUGACAUUAUUCAGAGAGGCAUAUUCCAGGAAAUGUUUAGACCUUUGCGACGCAUGAUUGUCUAAGAUUAAUAGACAUUUAUGAUCUUCAGUUGGUCCAAAGUUGCUCACAAAAACUUAAUCCACCCCAGAAAAGCUCCGGAACUUAUCCAUCCAGAAUCAGUUACUAACUGAAAAGAACCUGGUUGAGUUCCUUCCAUGUACCUUGGAUGUUUCUUUUUCGUUGGGAAAACCAAGGUAGGAAGAAUGUAUGCCCCGGCAGCAGAACAACAAAACAGUGCCGUUACUAGUGUGCUUCGCUCGGAGGAAUAUAUAGUUCCAACUCCUUUUUUGCCUUUCAGAGAAAUAACAUUAGGGGUCCUUUUGUAGAGGUUUCAUCUUCAUUGUAUAUAUUUUCAAGCAAAAUAUAGGUUUUCUCGAUGACGUCACUCAAAUUUUCGAAAAACCUCUCCACUUAUGAGCGAUUCAAUUAUUUAGCUGAUUCCUUUUGCCCACUAUAUCCCUUUUGCCCGAAUCUACCCUACUCUAACAAAUUUUCUCCUUUGGUAUAGUUUCAUUGACGAUUUCAUGUGUUUCUCCCUCCAUUUUCCAUAUUUUAAACCCUUGCGAGGAAUGACUGAAAAAUAAUACACGAGUUUGUUAAAGUUUACCGGUACGAUCUAGCAAACCAGCUGUUGGUACAAAUUACCCUGCAUGGAUGCGUCUGUAAGUCACUUGGUAAUGUGAUCCCGUACACAGUAAUGGAAUGUCGAAUGACUCUGCAAUACCGUGUCCCUUUAUUUAGUAAUCCCGAGCUUAGCUGAACCAGCUGUUUUUGAUGAAAAAAUGAUUUCAGAUCCUAGUUUUUGGGUGUGGAUGAAAGAGAUGGGACUGAAAACGAGCGAAAAUAUAAAAGUUCUGAAAUAUUUUACUAUAUUAUAUGUUUUUAUUGGAUAUUUGUUUUCAUAGGUUGCCAUAGUUUUCAGUUUUCAUUACUUCAUGGGUUUUCGUGUUGAUCGAUAUUUUCAAUAACUAAAUUUGUAUGUAUGACUUCGAACUUUACAGCCCUACAUAACGUUAAAUGCACUUACCUAUAGCUGCGUUUCAAAGGAGGAAAAAUUCUGCUGUAAAAGGAGAGCUGCUACCCGUGGAAAUGAGUAUUUUCGUUAUUUUUCUUAUAUUUCUCCAAUGUGGCAACGUAGCGUGUGCAUAUAAUCCGCUCCAUUCUUGAAAUCUCAUGAUUAAGGUGUUUAUACCUUUUAAAUAUAUCAACAAUAUUCUGCACCUAACCCAUUUGCGAGCAUUUUUAUCUCAUUUCUAUCGUUUACAACCCAAACCUAGUGGGUAAGGGCCGUCUCGUCGGUCGUUCCUACAAUUGUAGGACGCCUUUAUGGAUUCCUCGAUUUUUAUAGACUUUUUUCUCCUUCUGAAAGGCUGGCGUAUUUCUAAAUGUCUACUGUUCCGUGUCAGCUUCAGUGCUCUCCUAGUUAUGUUUUCUUUUUGAAUUUCAGGAAACUUCAGGCUGGUAAAACAUAUGAUAAAAAUCAAAAGCAUGAACAAUUUGAUGCAAAUAGAUAUUUGUAACGUAACCUCAAAAUAGAGCGCCUUUCUGACGGACAGCAGAAACUAUGACAAUCAAGGAUACGUGGUAGCCCAUUUAUCGUGAAAAAUAUACAUUCUGCCAAUUUUUAGCACUUCUUGAUAACAAAAUAAAGUAAACAAACAAUGAACCAUAAUAAUGACACGUCACAACACUCUUAUUCCAAGGCUUUGAACAGUUUUGACGUUUCGGAAGAAUUGCUUUGUUCUAUUUUUGAAUGCUUGGAACAGGUACGUCAAACAAUUUUACGAACGCUAAAAUUGUAACGGAAUAGUACAAAGUACAUUCUGUAACAAUUUACGAACGCAGCCCUGGUACGAAUGACACAAAUUAUUUCUUUUUAAAAAGUGUGGUUAAGUUGAAUUUUACUCGCUAGAGAUAUCAAACAAGCUGAAUAGAUGGCAUUAAAAAUCUAUAGUUCAGGAAACAUUGAGGUGGUACAACUUGAAGGCGGGUACAACAUAUCCGACUUUCCCCUAUAUCAUGUCAAAAAUUGGUAAAAUGUUAAUUCGUGUACUGGGUCACUUUUUGAGUAACAUAAUGCGGUGCGGCGCAUGUGGCUGCAACAUGUUGUACUGAAAACGUAUUUUCAAUCUCCAUCGAAGGGGGUAACCUGGGAAGCUAGAAGCAGAUGGUGCUAGUAAGCUUGGCGGUCAUCUUAAAUAGUAUUUUCUUUUGAUAAAACUACAAAAGAACAAGCUCAAGUCGCCGUUCUCUGUAUUCUGUAGAGGAAAGGCAGUCAAUCAAGACUACAGCAUUUAGGCCCUUUGUACGUCUUGCCCAGGGGUCAGUCAAGUUUAUAUCGUCAGCCACCCCAGACUAAAAAAGUGGUGAGGCGACCCAACAGGAUUUCCCUUACGCUCGCCAGCGUGCCUCCAGAAUGGAUUCUCAAAUUGACAGGACAGUUGCUUAAUUGCCUCAUCUUCCUGUUCACAUCCUCUACAUGAGGUUUCAUAGAGAUCCUUCCUUAGCUGACAGUGUCCCGCUGCAAUGCCAGUUGCAUCUCGAAGUUGUUAUCUGAACAUAGACAGGUAGUUUUGGCUACUUCCUCACUACGAUAUCUGAAGAAUUCCUUACCGACUUAGCAGUCCGAUGAAUAAUCCCACAUGCUCUUGAAGAUUCUGUGGGUAUGCUCGUUUAGCAUAGUUGUCAUGGCUUUGGUGGGUAGAAUACAGACAGGCUUCACCAAAAGGCUGUUCACGUCAAGACCUGAUUAAGUAUCGUGACAGUUUUGCCUCCAACAACACUAGCGCCAUCUAGUUGGAGCAAAAUUAUGCAUUGCUGUCAUUACUCCAUAAUAGGGACUUCGCUGUCGCUUUAUAAUUUGAUGUAUGAAUUUUUCUGAACAAUCUCAAAAAUGGAAUGGGAUCACAAAUACGGUCAUUCCUGUUGCUACGUCGCGAAAAUAUUUGCAAAGAAUUGUUUUCAUGGAGAAAGUCUAUAUUUAAUGUGAUACAUGUAUCUUACUUUUGUCAAUAAACUUUUUAUUCAUA